AAACUUAGAAUUCCCAAAGUAAACAAACAUGUUUCAGGUCGAAUAUUGAUCUGUUUAGUAUCUAGUAAUUCAGCAUCUUGAAUAUUACCCGUACUACCCUCUUUCUUCGCCCCAACGAACCAGGUCGUCAUGAGUUCUUGAAUGAAAGUAAAAAUCCGCUUCAAGAUGGUCAAGUUCUUGACCACAUUGCGGACCCACUGGAAGAAGUCCGUGUUCUUCACCUUAGCCGGAGCUUACGGCACCCAUUGGGCUCAACUCAAGUAUCGCGAGAACCAACUCAUGACACGGUUCUGCCAAGAGGCUUCGAAGUACGGUCAGAUGCCGCAUCACCCCGACCAACCCCUCUACAACGUCACGGUGAUCCUCAAUCCCGCGGCCAGUGGCGGUCAAGGCCGUCAGAAGUUCGAGAACUACUGCGCGCCCAUUCUUAAUUGUGCGGGUCUGCGGGUGAGCGUGGUGCGGACUGAGGGCAUUGGCGAAGCCAAACGGCUCAUGGAGAUCAUGAGUGAGGCUAAUGCCGUUUUAGUGGCGGGUGGGGAUGGCACGUUGAUGGAAACUGUGUCUGGAUUGUUCAAGCGGAAUGAUGCUGAGACGUUCGGCAUGGCCGUUCCGGUGGGCGUGUUACCCGUGGGUCGAACCAAUUCCAUGGCUCGAAAUCUGUUUCCCGUCGCCGCUCGCGACGGUUUGAGUGAGGUGGAGUUGUUGGCCAAUGCGGCCAUGGCCGUGGUGAAGCAAGUGUAUCGUCCAGUGGAUGUGCUACAAUUAGAAAAUCUUUCGGAAGGCGACCUUCAAGGCCGAAAACUUCACGCUGUGAGCGAAUUCCAAAUGGGAGCCUUCAAGGACGCGCAUAGGCGAAUGGACAAAUUUUGGUACUUACCCAAGGUGAAGAAGUUUAUGACCUACGUGUUCGCCUAUUCCACCGCCUCCAAAGACAUUUUAUGGAAUUGUCCGGCUGAUUUGACCUUGGGCAACUUGGGUCCAAUUCAAGACUUGAUUCCCAUGGAGGCGAAUAAUACGAGAUCUUGGUGGAGUUAUUUGUGGCCAUUUCCAUCUCAAUCGUCCCAAGCUCCACCUACGUUUCAAACCUAUUGGGACGAGCCUCAAGCGUAUAAUGGCUUGGAAAUCCGAGUCCAAACGCCUAACGUGAAGCCGUUUGAAAACAAGCCAACGCUCAAGAAGCUCGAUAUCACACUGGGCCCGGAAUCUAUGAGAUUUUCCGAGUUUGUGUCCGAAGGGUACGCCAGAGAACAAGGCUCGAACACCACGGACGAAUUAGAAACGCCAUUUGUGCAUCAAAAAGCUGAUCGCAUUCGCCUGAACUUUCAGCCGGACUUUGCCCAAGGUCGCGAGUACUUUUUCAACCUCGACAACGAAGAAGUGGAAAUGCAUGGUGAUCUUGAGAUUUCGUUACUGGCCGAUAAGUUUGUCAUGUUUUGUGGCUCCGAAGCCCAAUUGGAUUUGAAGGCCAACAUUGAUCCUAACAAGGGCAAGUGGUGGCAGCAAAGGACCGGUCCCUCCAUAGCUAAUCUGAAGCAAAGGCUGUGAACAUGGAUGGGAAUGGUAUAUUUCGUAAAUGAGGAAUGCCACAGAAUGAAUAUCACGUGUAUGCAUACACAUAUUGUUACCCGA